AUAAAUUAGAUAUUGUUUUCUAAUGUGUUGUUUUUUUGGUAAUAUUCGUCACGUAUGGGAAUACUUUCCAAUAAAGAAUCAGAAAAGGUUUAUAAUACAGAGAAAGUUUGUAAAAGACCCAGAGAUAAAGCCUAAAAAUCUUCCGUUCAAAGUAACUAGGACACCUUCAGGAAAUCUUCCUGUUUAUAUGCGCAUCAGAGCACAUGGAACAGUAAUGUACACUGUUGUUAGACAUAUAUACGGGGAUGUGCAGGCUAUGAAGGAACAGCUAAGGAUUUUGUGUGAAUCACCUGUCAGAGAAAGAAUAGGAAGUCUGGAAGUUCAAGGAAUACACGUUAUGAAAAUCAAACGAUGGCUUAAGAACUGCGGGCAGUAACCCAAAUCCAAACAUCGAACUUUUGGUGUCACAUAC